ACAAUUCUAUCAUUUUGAAUUAAUAUAAUAAUAAUAUAAUAUUAUUAAUAUCAUUAUUUAUUUAAAGAAAAAUUAAAAAAUUUAAAGUCAAAAUAAAAAUCCCAUCGCCAUUAAUUAAACUGCCUCGUAUCAACCGAAUCUCUGCUAAAUCCCUGAUUUUUCGCUGAACCUCCGUCAUGUCGCGUAAAGUCUCACAGCUGGCCUCCAACAAAUGCCUUAGGUGUCGUUAAAAUGAAGAACAGAAAACUUCUCUAGCUCGUUUUGGUUGUCCCUCAACUUCGAGAAAUUAUUAGGUGCGGAGUGCCAGAAAUUAUUACGUAGGGAGUGUGGAGCGGGAGAACCGUCCUCAACUUCAGCUUUCACCUGCUCUUCCCAAGUCCGUAACCUCUCUAACCAAGAGUUCUCUGCUCCCUAAAAUCACAGCUCUAAUUCCCCAACUCCUAUUGCUUUGAUCCUUCAUGAAGUCCACACUCGAACCUUCUUCCACAAGGCCAAGCAAGUCUGAAUCCCAUCCAAUCCCUCCAUUCGAACUCCACGUGAACUCUUGCUGCCAUCCGCCUCUUCAAUCUUCUGGCCUAAGUAAGCCAGAAAACUGCUCACUGAUCACAUCCACCAACUCCACUCCGAAGGCAUCAUCCCUGUAUUGAAGCUUUGCUAUAAGCUCAAAGAUGAAUCCACGAAGCGUGGUCGGCCAAGAAAGAAAGCCUUUUUUUAGGCAGGAGCUGGGGAGUUAUGGAGAUGGGAAUGGAAAGCCUGCAAAUUUUGUUGCGAAGGGGCCUGGACGGUCAUGGAAGAUCAUAGACUUGCUGGUGCCUGGAAAUACACGGGAUAUAUUACAGAAACCUAAAGAGAUAGGGAGACUUGGAAUUGUUCAAGGGGUUGGACUUCGUUGUGAGUGAAGCUAGAAGUCAUCAUAUAAGAUUAGUACUUUCAUUUUGUAAUAACUGGGAAGUCUAUGGUGGGAAAGCUCAGUAUGUGAAGUGAGGAAAAGAAGCUGGUCUUAAUAGCUCAUGUUGAGGAAACCUUUACAAGAGUUGAGUAUAUGGAACUUUUGGGGAUUCUUCAAUCACAGAUACUUAACAUCCCAUCUGUUGAAGGUGGUGAGGGUACUCAGAAUGAGGUUCCUAAAAGAGUUUCUGACAAAAGUCCAUGGCAGACUCUGAACCAGAAUAGGAAUAUAUCUACAACCUGCAAUGUUCUCAAGAAACAAUUUCCCAUUCCCAUUUCUACCGAAACUGACAAACACGGCAUGGAUAAGCUCGACAAAGAGGAGAUCCGAAACCUCUACAACUGUUACAAGAGGAUUAAGUUCUCUGUCUCCCGAAAAGACCCUCGCCUCAUGGAUAAUUUUGAGCAGGCAUACCUUUCAAUCAUCACCACCUCAAGAGGUUGUACAAGCAUGCAAUGGAAUAUGUCCGAACUCAUUCCACGUGAUGCAUCAGUUGUCCAUCUGCUUUGGAAGCAGCAAUCUAUCAACAUGUAUAAUUGGAGCUUGGCUAUACUAAUGAGAGGUGAAGAUCUAGAUGGUGUUGCAUAUCAGACUGCCAAGACCUGCAUUUUUGGAUUGGUUAAUAUAUGUUGUAUAGCUUCACAUGAAACUCCAACAUUAUCUAUAAUCCAUGGCAUCCGUACUGCUAUUUUUAGAAAUUUUUUGACCUUCUCCAUUUCAAGUUUUGAGGAAAAUGAGACAUAUGGCAUUGGAAACAUGGAGAUUCUAAAGCUUCAAGAAUCCAUUGAUGAUUUUUAUAUUUUGAAGCAAGAAAGGGAAGAUGAUAGUGAAUCUUCAUUGAGCAAGUUAUUCAAGUGACUAAUCCUUUGAAAGCUGAUGUGGUAAUCCAUUCACUCAAAAAGUUUUUGUUCUCAUAGCGAUGAUGUUGGUGAAGGUACUUCCAAGAAAGCAAAUAAAGGAUCGAUCAAGAAGCAUAGAAGAUAUGUUCAAAAAACAAAAAAAGAGAAAGUAAAAAAAAAAAGAGAAAAUAUUAAAAAAAGAGGGGGAUUUUUGUCUUUGCCGUCGUCACCAACCAUCGCGUAGGUAUAACCUCCUAAACUUCGAAAACUUGUUCUUGGCACUUGCAACACGGCGAACGACCACUUAUGCACCAUUUUCUCUAGCGUGGUAGGAGGAAAUUCGUUGCGAUGCUUGCGACGGGGCGGGUAAUCACAAAACUCUGUUUUUGGCGUUAGCAGCGUACCAGAAAGUAACAUGCACGCUUUUCUCUAGCAUGGUGGGAAGGGAACCCGGUGCGACGCUUAUGGCUAAGCAGGGUUAAAUGUAAAAUUGCUUAUUUCAAACUGGUGCCCGAAGACGCAUACACGCCUUUCUCUAGCGUGGUGGGAGAAGAAAAUUACGGCCGUGGUGUCCUAUGACAGUAAUCGUGCACGCUUUUAUUUAACGUGGCGGGAGAUCUAGACUCCUGAAAUUUUUUCUAAACGUGGGAGACGCCGUGAGGCUGUCGAAAUUUCGGAUUAAUGUAAGACUGCAUUGGGACCUGGUUUGAACUCAAGAGAACAAGAACUUAGACUCAAAUGAACAGUGGACUUACUGACUUAAACCUGAAUAAAUUUUAAAUGACGAAUAAAAGGUCAAACCCAAAUAAAAUAAGAUCAGACUGGAUCUAAAUUUAUGUAAUUGAACUUGCAAAGAUUUUAGAAGACUCUGAACAAGCACUUGAGCUCGGACUAUACAAUAUUAAGUUGGACUUGUACUCGAUGAACUCAAGUUUAAAUGAAAUUGAACUUGGAAUCAAACAUAUACAAGGAAUAAAGCUUGAAUCAUAUACGAGAGAACUCAAACUACAAAAACAUUUGUACGACCAAUAGUGACUCAAUGUCAGAUGAAAUACAUUGAUCAUUGUAAACAAAUAUUACUAAGAUGCAACAAAUACAAAUGACCAUGAACUCUUGUAGGAAGGAUCUUGCAACAUCUUCGUAACCAAAAUCGAGGUACAAGCAGGCACAUUACAAGACCUUAAUGCAUACAAACAAAGAAUGUAGUGGACUCUUAUAAUAGUCUCUACGACAUCAGGUGCAUCGUACCUGCAAGAACAACAAAUGGUUGCAUAAUGUAUAUGUGUCCUAUAUGCGCUAUUGAGAUCUCCAACACAACAAUAAUGCCUGUAGAUUAAGAUGGCAAUAUUGACGUUUGAUAGUGGAAGACCUGUCUCUACAAAUAAGAACGAUCAUCAUACCAUCUGAGAUUGGUGAAAGGUGGAUAUGAAGCAAACAUAAUGAUCCUCCUACAAUCAAGUACGUCCAGGAGAUUGUAGUGAACACUCUAUGCAAGCAGUAAUACUUGAUAUAGCCGCUUGUGGAUAACAAUAGUGGGUAUAUCGUGAGUGCAAUGAACCCCUGUGGACACAAGUACAUACAACACUUACAACAGCGGUGAUUGAGAUGCUGCGAGUACGUUGAGUAUGAAGACAACUCAAUGUACGGAAAAGGACACCUGACAGAAUGGAAGAGAUGUUUGAACAAAUUCGAAUUAAGCUUCACGGUGUUCCAAAGUUUUUUCUUGGUCUUUUACUUAGGAAGAAAAUAUUUCUAGUAUCCACAAACAUCAGAAAUAAUAAGUCUACUACACUAAAGAGCUUGAAAGGAGUUCUUUUCAUGGCAGUGGCCACAAAAUUCAAGAAGAACCUCCCCAGUGAAUGAGAAAAGGGAGUUUACAUCAGAAUAUUGAGCUACGUAGUUGCAACCAGGUGAUAAAGCUAUGUUUUACCUGUAUCCCAAAAGCAAGAGAUUCGUUAGUGCACUAUGAUUCAGUUGCAGAAAGCAAUAAAUAGUGCACGACGGUCUACCUGUACAAAACAGUAAAUAACUCGAUCCAAAAGUUGCUACAACAUGCCACUAGAUCUGCAACAUUCAUGCAAGCGGACAGAUGACGUUUACAAAUAUUUUAAAACACCACUGCAAAUGCACCGUAGUUUGUAUACACAUAGGUACACAAAGGGGUAAUUAUAAUAAACCCGCAUGGGUAUCGACGAGCAUGUUAUUGAUGACCUCUAAAGAUGUUACACGGGUGAACACAUUUAAACUCAAUCCUCCUAAGCUGAUAAAAAGGAGUCGACAGAGUUUAAUUAUAAAAUGCCCCUAAACACCUGCCUAGGCCUCAACGAGCAUGUUAUUGGUACACACGUGAUGUCUAGGAAAGCUGCGCGGGUCGCUAAAGCUGAACCUGAUCCUUCUAAGCAGGUAAAUUAGAGUAGAUAGGGUUCGAACCAUCAAAUAAAUAUACAGUUGUGGCGAUCGAUAUAUUUAUUUUAAUACAUUCAUAUUAGG